UGUUUCACAUUUACCCAUGAACUAGUUUUACCCUUGAUGCAUAUGUUCAUACCACAUUUUAAAAUUUCAAAAUGAAGACACAAGUGACAGUUCUAUUGAGUCUAUGUACCAUUCUAGCAGUUUGUGACACACAUAAUCUGUGUAAUGCUGAAAAUGAAGGGAGGAUCAUUCAGACGCAAGUAAAAAUUUGUCAUAAGGGAAAACCUCAAACUCUAUUCAAAAUACGUUCAGAUAUCGGUGAGUGUAAUAACGGGAAGCAAGGAUUUGACCAUCGGGUGAAGGUUUCCCAGUAUCGCAGAAGACUCUUUCAAGCAUGUAUCAACAAUCGUCUUACUGGUUUUUCGUCAGCUGACCCUUUUAAAAGUAAACGCCAACAAACACAUUUAGCAGCGUUCUAUUGGAAAUAUGGUGCGCGUUGGCAGUGGUAUUGAAAGAACAAAUUACAAGUAACAAGCAAAUGCGAUUAUAAAAGAAAAUUACCGACGCUUAAAACUAUAUGAUUUUUUUGUUGAUUUGGAUUUUUGAAGGUUAUUUUAUCGUUUAAAUAUAAGUAAUUGAUGUAAACAAGAUUAUAUGUCAUUUCCUUUCUUCGACAACAUUAAUUAAAACUUAUCGACAUAGCUAUUCUUAAUUAUAAUUAUCGGUCGUCCUUUACCUUUUUUUUUUCUUUUUUUCUCAAUAUACAUUUGGUUUAAAUCUUGGUUAUUUCCUAUUACGGAUAGUAGGUUUUUUGUUUUUUAGUUUUUGUUUUCACGUGACGCUUAACUUAUUCCUUAAUUUACAUUAUCUAGACUACCAAGCCUUCUUUAGCUUUGCUCAAUUAUAAUGGUUCAUUUAUCCUAAUGCCUUUCAAUACGUUUUCACAACUGAAGACUUUCGUAUGAUUAUUUGACUGCUUUGUCUAUGCUCUUUUGUUCGUGUUCAUUUUGUUUUUAUUGAAUUUCCGCGCCCGAAGGCGUAGGAAAUUCUUUAAAACCGUCGUUUUUUUUCUUUCGGAGCAUUUUUUGAGAAAAAAUCGACCCUGGGAUUUCACGUUGGUCCGUCACAGAUGUAAACUUCGUACCGAAGCUCCUUAACUACUGGGAAGUCUAGUAUUGACGCUUCAGGCCAAAAUUGGUAUUUGUUUUCGACAAAAUUUGGCACAGUUAACAAAAAAAGUAUGCUGAACAUAAUGGUGACAUAAUAAUUUUGAGUUUUGUCACCUAAAUGUCAUUUUAGGCCAAAAUUGGUCCAAAAAUUAGAACUACUUUAUUUUCAACAAAAUUUGGAACAGUUAACAAAUAAAGUAUGCUGAACAUGAUGGUGACAUCAAAAUUUUGAUUUCCUGUUACCUGAAUGUCAUUUUAGGCCAAAAUUGGUCCAAAAAUUAAAACUACUUCAUUUUCAACAAAAAGUGGCAAAGUUAACAAAAAAAGUAUACAUAAUGGUGACAUCAAAAUUUUGAUUUUUGUCACCUAAAUGCCAUUUUAGGCCAAAAUUGGUCCAAAAAUUAAAACUACUUCAUUUUCAACAAAAAUUGGCAAAGUUAACAAAAAAAGUAUGCUGAACAUAAUGGUGACAUCAAAAUUUUGAUUUUUGUCACCUAAAUGCCAUUUUAGACCAAAAUUGGUCCAAAAAUUAAAACCACUUCAUUUUCGGCUAAAUCUGGCACGGUUAACAAAUAAAGUAUGCUGAAAAUGAUGAUGGUACAAAAGUUUGAUUUUUUGUCACCUAAAUGUCAUUUCAGGCCAAAAUUCAUCCAAAUAUUAAAACUGCUUUAUUUUCGACAAAAAUUGACACAGUUAAUAAAAAAAGUAUGCUGAAAAUGAUGGUUACAUCAAAAUUUUGAUUUUUUGUCAACUAAUGCCGUUUAAGACCAUAAACGUCUCAAUCGCAAGAAUUUCAACCAUGAAUGAUAGGCUGUAUUUUUUGUUAGCAAUUUCUUUUAAAAUGUGAGUUUAUUAUGACACGUUUCGUUUUGUUUGCGUUUGUUGUAAGAUAUAAUGUCACUGAUGGGCUUUAUCUUCAGAGGUUCAUGCACCAAACCCCUUCGAAUGUUUGGCACAAUAACACAACGAAUUAGCAGGUUUUCAUCAAAUAUUUUGGUAGCGCGCGGAAAUUCUUAGAGCCCCCAGGGCUUCUUGUUUCUGAUUGAAUUUAUAUUUACGUUUGCAAAUACAUUUAGUAUUUACGCAUUUCAGCAUUAAGAACCAUUGUAAUUUAUGGACGAUUGAAAUAUAUGUCGAUUAAUAAUAAUAAUAAUAAUAAUAAUAAUAAUAUUCUUAGGGUAGUAUCGAAACUAAUAAUAAUUAGUUCACUGUCAUUGCA